UAUCGAGAGCGAGAGAGCCAGGAAAUCAAAAGUCAGUGAAAGAUGCGUUUAACACUUGUGGCGCUAGUUGGCGCAGUUUGCAUCGCCUGCAGCUUUGCCCAUCCGCUGGAGGAGCAAGCCGAGAAGAACGACCUAUACAACGUGGCUGAUCUGGGACAGGCCCAUGCCAAUGAAGACGGACGACAGGCUCGAUUCCUGGGCGGCGGCUGGGGUGGUGGCUAUCGUGGCGGCUGGGGCGGCGGAUGGCUUGGCUAA